AUGUCCACUGCUUACACCCGCCGUGUCUCCUUCGACAGCCUGAACCCAAGCAUCCAGGUCGAGCCUGACGAGCCCAUCCACAUCCCUCCCCAGUACAGCUCCAGGGCAAAGACAACCUCCAGCAAGCGAACCCUGGACCUCAACUUUGGCUACGAGCCCUCUUCAAAGCACCAGGACCUUUACAAAGUGUUUGAUUCGUUCCAGGAAAUCAACAACAAGGGCUACAAAUCAAAUCUCAGCACAACAAGAAGAAAAAUCCCUAAACUGCCUCCUCCUCCAAACAAGUCAAUUCUGAAAAGAAGUGUUGAUGAUGUACAAGAUCAAGGUGCUGCUAUACCGAAAAGCUUUAAUGAAAAUGAUCAACAAAACUCAUUUGCCUCAGUAUUACCAUCUCAACAACGUAAGAAAUCAUUAGUGGAAAUGACUGCUGAAGAACUAUUAGCUAUGGAUGCUCAAUUUAGAACUGGUGUUAAUCUUGAUGAAUUCAAAUUUGAUGGUGAUAAUUAUCUACCUUUCCAUAACCUCAGUUCAAUAGAUUCUAAAAAACCUAAAAAUGGAUUACCAAAUAUUGAUAAGUUGGUUGGUAAUAUCGUUACUGUUAAUAAUAGAAAACUAUUAAAGACAAAUUCAAUCAAUUUCAAUUCUUACACUGUUAGCUUUAGACAUAGAUUAAUGACAAAAUUUAUUGAUCAAACUUAUGAAAGUUUUGAGACAGAUGAAGAAGAAGAUGAGGAGGAAGAUGAUGAACGUCCUGAAAGUUUACGUGAAUUGAUUGUUUAUAUCAGUGGUCGAAGACAUACUUGGGAUUCAAUAAAUUGGGUUUUGAAAAACUUCUUGGUUGAUGGUGAUCAUUUAGUUAUUAUAAGUCAAUUACCUCCAGAAAAUAAUUCAAAUGUUGAUUACAAAGAUGAAUUAAUUGAUUGUGAUUUUAUAAAAUCAAAAGCUGAUGCUCUAAGUUCAUAUAUUUUCAAAGCUAUUGAAUUAUUAAACAAACAAGAUUUGAAAAUUUCCAUUACAAUUGAAUUUAUUAAAGAUUCUUCAGUUAAAAAUUUAAUUAAAAAUUCAAUUAAUCUUUAUAACCCCAAUUUUUUCAUAAUUUCAAGUUUAAUUUCAAAUAGAUUAUCAAUUAGAUUUGAAAAUAAUCAUGUUAAAUUACCAUAUUAUUUAAUGAAGAAUUUAAAUUUAUCAACAAUUAUUAUUCCAGAUUUAUUGAUUGAAAAAAAUUUAAUAUCAUUAGAUCAAAAUAUACCAGAAAUUAAUAUUGAAACUGAUGAUGAUGAUUAUAUUACAACAAGUUAUUUUUUACAUACAUUAAAUCAAAUUUCAGAUGCUUAUAAAAGUAUUGAAUUGAAUCAAUUAAAAUCUGAUAUUUCAUUAUCUUCAACUUCAAAUUCAAAUUCAAAUUCAAGAUCAGAUUCAAGAUCUACAAAUCAAGCUAACAAUCAAGAAUAUGCUGAUACUCCAACCAAUUAUUAUCCAAAGAUUAAAUUUAGUGAUAAUUUAUCAAUUCCCAAAUAUAACAAUUCAAAUCCAUCAAAUUCUUCAUCUCCUUUCUCUUCAAGAAGAAAUUCAAAUAAUUCAAGUGGUAUCUAUAAAGUUAAAUCAUUAUUAGAUGACCCAAUUCCAAAUAAUAUUCAAAGAUCAAAAUCUUAUAAUUCAACUCCAAUUACAAAUACUAUUAGUAAUGUUUCAAAUUCUGAAAAAAAAUUACCAUCAAAUGUUGUUAAAAAAUCAAAAUCAAUUGAUGAAGGUAGUAUAAAAAAAAGUGGCUUUUUCUCAAAAUUUGGUUUCAAGAAAAAGUCAUGA